AUGAGUGAAAAAAAUAGUAUCCAAGAGUUUUAUCUAGAUGACUUAUCAGAUUGUCCUGACAGUUCUUCAGGAAGUGAUAGUGGUGGCGAAACUGAUAGCAGCGAAGUAAUAAUUCGAAAACGAAGUUCUGUGUUGCCACUAAGAUAUAGUGAUUCAGAAGACGACGAAAUAAGUAAUAUCGAAGACGAUGCAAAUAACGGUGCAGAUAACGAUGAUACAUGGUCGACGAAUGACGAAGGAAUAACUUUGGAACCGUUCGAAGGCAGCCCUGGCAUAAAAAUUAUGCCAAAUUCUCCUGAAAAUUUGAUUGAAAGUGUCAAUUUAUUUAUUGGCAAUUACUUCUUCGAGCAUUUGGUAAUGGAAUAUAAUAGGUAUCAUUAUCAGGUCAUGGAAAAAUAUCACAUUUCAUCUAAAGCAAAAAAAUGGACUGAUAUCACGGUGCCAGAGAUGAAAAAGUUUUUAGGGCUAAUAAUUCUAAUGGGACAAGUAAAAAAAGACGUUCUUUACGACUAUUGGUCCACUGAUCGAACUAUAGAAACUCCGUUCUUCUCACGAGUAAUGAGCAGGAACAGAUUUAUGCAAAUAAUGCAAAGCUGGCAUUUUUGCAAUAAUAACAACAUACCUCGGAAUUCACACAGGCUUGUCAAAGUCCAGCCUGUCAUUGAUUACCUAAAGGAAAAAUUUAAUAACGUCUAUACACCCUUACAACAAUUGUCUUUGGACGAGUGUGUCAUUUCGUGGAGAGGCAGACUAUCGAUUAGAACAUAUAAUCCUGCUAAAAUUACAAAAUAUGGAAUACUUGUGAGAAUGUUGUGUGAAGCUGUCACAGGCUACAUAUGUAACUUUCACAUUUAUGCUGCUGAUGGCAACAAAUUAGUAGACACGGUUUCAACGGUUAUUGAAACAUUUAAAAACAUGUGGUACCAGAUUUAUCAAGACAACUAUUACAAUAGUGUCAAAAUGGCUGAAAUUCUCCUAAAAAAUAAAGUGCGGGUGUGCGGAACCAUUCGCAAAAACAGAGGUCUUCCUCGAUCACUACAACUAUUACGACUUUCAAAAAGACAAUACGAAUUUCGUAGGAAUCGGCAAAUUCUGUUAGAAGCGUGGAAUAAUGGUAGAAGAACUGUGAAUAUGAUCUCUACCAUACAUUCUGCACAAUUGAUGGAAUCCACAAGCAGAAGCAGAAGAUCAAGAGCCCCAAUACAAAAGCCGAAUUCCAUCAUAAAUUAUAAUAAAUAUAUGAAGGGUGUGGAUCGCGCCGACCAAUAUCUCGCGUACUAUUCUAUUUUCCGAAAAACAAAAAAUGGACCAAACGAGUGGUAA